AUGGCUCCCGGAUGGCUCCCGCCUUCCGCUAGCAACGUGCGCAAGCGGAAGACGCUUUCAAUGGACGCUUGGAAAUCACGCGUGGAAAUGUUAUCACGCUUGGUAUCACGUGUGGUAUCACGCGUGGAAAUCAUCAACGCUGUGGCCAACGGCGAAAGGAAGAAGGAUGUCGCGGCGAGGUAUGGCAUUCCAGCGAAUUCGUUGUCUACGAUUUUGAAAUCCAAGGACAGCAUCUUUGCGGCUGUUGCUUCGGGAACCAGCACUUCACGGAAGAGACUGAAGCUUGCAACGUAUGAAGACGUAGACAAGGCAACCUUCACGUGGUUUAUGGAGAUGUUGGCGAAAGGGGUUCCGCUUACGGGAGCCAUUGUGCAGCGUCAAGCUAUAAAUUUUGCGAACAUGCUCGGCUCCGAUAACUUUAAGGCUAGCAGCGGUUGGCUCGAAAAGUCCAAGAGGAGGCACGCGAUAGUGUCAAGGGUUUUGCGUGGUGAGGCUGCGUCCGCUGACGCCUCGGGGGCCGCAUCGUGGCUUGAAGAGCACCUGACUACUAUCCUAGAAAAAUACGCCCCGGAGCACGUCUACAACGCUGAUGAAACAGCAUUGUUUUAUCAAAUGCUUCCAAAGCGUACCCUCAUGCUCAAGGGGGAGCGUUGCGAAGGCGGAAAACACAGCAAGCAACGCUUUUCUGUUUUGCUCUGUGUGAACAUGGACGGAACAGACAAGCGUGCUCCUCUGGUUAUAGGGAAAAGCAAAAAACCGCACUGCUUCAAAGGAAAAAGAAUCCCGGUGAAGUAUACUUCCAACACUAAAGCAUGGAUGUCUCGAGUGAUCUUUCGGGAGUGGGUGACGGACUUCGACCGAGACAUGGCUAAGAAAGGCAAGCAUGUCUGUCUGUUGCUUGACAACUGCUCCGCGCAUCACAUCGAGGACGUGAGUCUCACGCACGUGGAAAUCCGUUUCCUUCCCCCGAACUGCACUUCCCUUAUCCAGCCCUUGGACCAAGGAAUAAUAAACAGUAUGAAGUGUAGAUACCGUGCGCGAGUCGUCGAUAAACUCCUGUUGGACAUUCGCCUUGAAAGGGAAACGAAGGUGAAUGCGAUCCAGGCCCUCGAGAUGCUCGCAGUAGUGUGGCAGAGCGUGAAACGCGAGGUAGUCGUCAAUUCCUUCCGCAAGGCUGGAUUCUACCACAGAUUCAGUGAAGAAAAUAGGGGCUCCGACGAGUUGGAAGAAAGCGAAGACGCCGCGCCUGCCCUUGUGCACCAGUGGCAGGCACUGAGAGAAGGCGGCGGCGUACCCCUAGACAUCGAGCUACAUGACUUCCUGACCGCAGAUUCGUCCGCGGUGUGUACAGAAGAGUUGCGGGAUGAAGACAUCGUCGCAGGCCUGCGGGGUACGGCAGAUGACGGGAGCGACAACGGAUUAGCGGAAGACGCGGGCGGAGGUCAUGUGCCCUUCUGA